AUGGAGAUUCCACAUUCAAUUUUAAUGGAUUUGGAGAAGCUCAGUUUAGAGUUAAUGGAGGAGGGUCCGCAGAUAGUCAUUGCCAGUCUAGUGGUUCAGCCAACGCUUUACAAGAGAAUUAAAGCAGCUCAAGGUGAUGAUGCAGAGUUGGUAGUGGUGAUGGCUAAAGUACGUGAGGGUCAGAGUGAGGAGUUCAACAUAUCAGAUGACGGAGCUCUGCUAUUUCGGUUUAUAGUCAAUGCUUUGCCAUACGAUUACUCAGCAAGCAUCCAGUGCUUGGGAGAACCUCCCAAGCCUCAGUACAAUGGAGGAAUUGUGGGAAACCCCGAACUCAAUGCUCCAUUGGGGGAGUGGUGGAAACCAUUUGGAGAAGCAAAAAUUGAGCAUAGAGAAUCACCCAGAAAAAACAAAUUCAUUGUGGCUUGCGACAGGAAGCACCCAUUUGAUAGCUUUUCCCAGAAGUUUUUCUUGCAAAAUUCCCACCACUACACCUUAUCUGCUUGGAUUCAAGUGAAUCAUGGAAUUGCUUCGGUAAGAGCCAUAUUCAAAACAAAUUCAGGGUUUAAACAUGCUGGUAUAGUGACCGCCAAGUCUGAGUGUUGGUCCAUGCUCAAGGGAGGCCUCACUAUGGAUAAUUCAUCUGCCAUGGCUGAGCUCUAUUUCGAGAGCGAAAACACAACGGUUGAGAUAUGGGCAGACAGCAUCUCUUUGCAACCCUUUACGGAUGAGGAGUGGAGAUCUCAUCAACGCCAAAGCAUUGAAAAGACACGGAAGAGAAGAGUGAAGUUUCAUGCCACUGACGCUCAAGGAAAUCCCCUUGCAAACGCUACCAUUUCCAUAAAACAAACUAAACUCGGUUUUCCAUUUGGAUGCGCAAUGAACAAGAACAUCCUCACAAACACUGCGUACAAGAACUGGUUCACUUCUCGGUUCGCCUUCACCACCUUUGAGAACGAAAUGAAGUGGUACUCCACCGAACUGUCUCCCGGCAAAGAGGACUACUCCGUCGCAGACGCCAUGCUCGAAUUUACCAAAGCCAACGGCAUUUCGACGCGCGGCCACAACGUCUUAUGGGAUGACGCCAACUACCAACCAGAGUGGGUGAAAUCUCUCUCGCCGGCGGAACUUGCCGCCGCCGCCUCCAGGCGAAUCGAAUCCAUCAUGACCAGGUACGCCGGCAAGGUCAUAGCGUGGGACGUGGUCAACGAGAACAUACACUUCUCCUUCUUCGAGGAUAAGCUGGGGAAGGAGGCGUCGCCGGAGUUCUACCGGCGGGCGUUUCAGCUGGACAAGGGGACAACGAUGUUCUUGAACGAGUUCAACACCAUAGAGGAGCCGAGGGACGAGACUGCGUCGCCGGGAAACUACAUUCAGAAACUGAAAGAGAUUUUGGAUUACAUUGGGAAAGGCAAUAUUGAUUGUGCGGGAAUAGGGCUAGAGGGGCAUUUUGGAGAAACUCCAAAUUUGCCGUACAUGAGGUCUGCCAUUGAUCUGCUAGCUGCCACAGGGGCACGUGUUUGGAUUACAGAAUUGGAUGUUCGGUCUGGGGCCAAUCAGGCAGAGUAUUUGGAGCAGAUAAUAAGGGAGGCACAUGCUCACGAAGACAUAGAGGGGAUAGUGAUGUGGGCAGCUUGGUCGCUGGAAGGAUGUUAUCAGAUGUGCUUGACAGACAACGACUUCAAGAACUUGGCCACCGGAGAUGUCGUCGACAAGCUGAUUUCCGAGUGGACUCACGGCGGCUUCCUGCCGGCCAACACAGAUGCUCAGGGCUUCUUCGAGACCUCGCUUUUCCAUGGAGACUACCAGGUGGCUGUGACAAUGAAUAUGAUGAACAUGAAUUCCUCCAUCUCCCGCAGCUUUAAGGUGGCAUCAGCGUUAACAGCUUCGCCGGAAAAACCACUGCUUGUCACCCUCUCUCCUGCAUGA